AAUUUUUUUUUUUUUUUUUCAAAAAUUAACUUUCUCUUACUUUCAUCUACUACUUUUAUAAAAAAAGAAGCUUUUCAUUAUAAUGUCGUUGGUAACAAGAGGAAAAGAAGAAUUAUCUGGUUUCAAAGAUAUGGAGGAAGAUUACAAAUGGAUACUUCAUGAUAAUUGUAAAACGCAUGGAAGUUCGUGUGGUGGCUCUAUUUCUGAAAGAGUUGCAGCAGGCGUUUUCGAAAUUGAUGAAAGUAAAGUUAAUGAAUUCUGUGAAAAUUUUUUCAACUGUUAUGACGAACAACCAAAAAAAUUUCUUACGAGUGCGCUUAAAGGUUUGAUGUUAAGCGAUCAAUCCGCUAUUGAAGAUAAUUAUGUAGAUAUUAAAUACGGGGAGCAGAACGUUGGCAAACCUAUUACUGGAGGUUAUUUUCUCAUGGUGACUGAUGAAAGUCCUAUGAAUGGAAAACGUACAUUUUUUUUCGCAAUUGCUCAAAUUACUAAGGACCCCAGCAAUAACCAUUACUUUUUACAAGACUAUUACUUGGGAAAGCGUGUCCGCGUUGAAAACGCACUAAAGUAUAUGUUGUACGAAGCAACUAAAUACAGAAAAUUUUAUAUAGAAGAUCAAUUACAUUCUCAUGUAAUUGGAAUAUAGUGUAAACAAUUAUAUUC